GCCUUUCUUUGUGUAGUGCUUCUAGUAAACUACAAGGGCACCCAGAGGCAUGGAGCAAAUGCCCCUUAACUGAACGAAUGAAUGGGGAAGGAAGGAAUGUUCUGUGUUGCUAGGCAGAGGUGAAGAAAGGAGGAAAGGAAUGUUGGAUGGGCAGCAGGGCGCUGAUUGGCUGGUCUGCAGAAUGCGGCAGGGCUACAGUAAGCAACGUAGCGGAGCCUUUCUUUAGACCAGGUAGUGGCUGCCCAGCGGGGCCGGACGUAGUACGUUAACAGCAGCCCUGCCUACUGUGCGGGUCCGAGGCGGGCGUGGCAGCCCUUCGGGCUCCGCCCCGCCCCGGCCCCCAGUGCCUGAGCCACGCCCCAAGCGGAGGCCACGCAGGCGCCUGCGCACGACGGGCCGAGUGCCACCAGCAGCUCGAAGCUCGGCUCCGAAGAUGGCGGACCGCGGUGUUGGCGCUGGCGGCAGUACAUCCCUGAGGGGACUACGGGAACGGAUGGUUGCUGCGGCUCAUGCAGUUGCUGAAGAAAGAAGGAAUCAAAGUGGAGUUAGCCCAAUUGCGUCCCAGUCUUCAAAUCUGAGAUCAGCAUGUAAACCAGUAAUAGAUGGAUCUGUGCUUAAAAAUGAUGAAAAACAAAGAUUAGCGAAGGAGCGCAGGGAAGAGAAGAGGAGACAGCAAGAUGCCAAUAAAGAAAUGCAACUACUUGAAAAAGCAAGAAAGGCCAAGAUCCAAUAUGAAAAACAGAUGGAAGAAAAACAGCGAAAGCUGAGAGAGCAAAAAGAAAAAGAUGAGCAGCGGAGAAUAUCCGCAGAAGAAAAAAGAAAACAGAAGUUAGAGGAAGAAAGGGUACAUAAUUUUAUAGCCCCUUCAUCAGAUGAUACGCUGUGUUGCCUGGGUCUGAAAUAUAUACAUAUUUUUUUUCUUAGCCCUUCUCUGCCUUUACUGGCCCUAUAGAAAGGGAACCAAUCCUAGCUCUUUCUUUCUUCUUCCCUCCUUCUUCCCCUCAGC